AAUUUGUGUGGGCCUCAAACGUGGCCCGAAAACAAACGGUAGCCCUGCUUUACUGGAUAGAGGAAGGCCCGAAGGCGCAGCAACCUCUUGGAGCAGUCCAGCGCCCUCGGGAUCCAUAUAUAAUAAACCAUCCUCCAUUCUAGGGUUAGGUUUUUCGCUAUUAGCUGCUGCUCCAUUCUCGAAGCCCUCGAGCUCUCCUAGCAGUCGAAGCACCUCCGCUUUCAGUCACCAUGGGGAAGACACGUGGAAUGGGAGCUGGUCGCAAGCUGAAGUCCCAUCGUAGGUUGCAGAGGUGGGCUGAUAAGGCAUAUAAGAAGUCGCAUCUUGGAAAUGAAUGGAAGAAACCUUUUGCCGGAUCUUCCCAUGCUAAGGGCAUUGUUCUUGAGAAGAUAGGUAUUGAAGCUAAGCAGCCAAACUCUGCUAUUAGAAAAUGCGCUAGAGUUCAGCUAAUUAAAAAUGGGAAGAAGAUUGCUGCUUUUGUCCCCAAUGAUGGUUGUUUGAACUACAUAGAAGAGAAUGAUGAGGUGUUGAUUGCUGGUUUUGGACGCAAAGGGCAUGCUGUUGGAGAUAUUCCUGGUGUUAGAUUUAAGGUUGUUAAGGUAUCUGGCGUUUCUCUUUUGGCUCUCUUUAAAGAAAAGAAGGAGAAGCCAAGGUCUUAAGCUUAUGUGGAAGCCCAUGUUCUAGAUUUUCUUUGUUCUGGUUUUGAGAAUGUUUCUUCAUGCUAUAUGAGUGAUUUUUGUGAACCUGUCUUUCAUCUGUUUUCUAGAUUUUGUAUUGACAUUUGGAACAUUUUUUUUAUCCAAGGAUAUUCUCUC